GUGACAGUUCUGCCAUCAUGUGGCGGUGGAUCCUCGAUCAUUGAUUCGUAUCGAUCACGCUUCUUCGUUUUUUCCACUUCGGUUCCACUUUGGACACUUGUUUUUGCCACAUUCGAUCGCUAGUUUCCCGCUCGAGCGCGGUCCGACGCGUUUUUUCGUCCACGAUCUUGGUGCUACUCUGGGAACGUUACGCUUGCACGAAAAACUAGACGGAUCAUGGUGUUGACCAGCAGAACGACCUGUUGGCUGCUACUCGUCUGCUUGAUCGUACUUUUCGGCAGCCUCGACAAUGCAGAAGGCGCGAGGAAAAGAUUUCGCAGGCCAACAACUUCUGCCCCGUCGUUAUCAAACGAUCAAGAGGUCUCAGCUAGUGUGAACAGGUUCAAAGUCACUAGAAAUCGAAUCACCAACAAAAGUAAAAAGACCGAAAUUCAAACGGGUAAAUCGGAGGACUACAAGCUCGUGUGUUACUACACAAAUUGGUCUCAAUACCGGACGAAAAUUGGAAAAUUCAUGCCCGAAGACAUACAACCUGACUUGUGCACUCACAUCAUCUUCGCGUUUGGUUGGCUAAAGAAGAACAAACUGACAAGCUUCGAAUCGAACGACGAGACAAAGGAUGGAAAGGUUGGACUGUAUGAAAAAAUUGUCAACCUGAAGAAGGCUAAUCCGUCCUUAAAAAUUUUACUGGCGAUAGGUGGAUGGUCAUUCGGCACUCAAAAGUUCAAAGAUGUCUCAGCGACCAGAUACGCGAGGCAGACAUUUAUUUACAGCGCCAUACCAUAUUUAAGAGACAGAAACUUUGACGGUCUCGAUAUCGAUUGGGAAUAUCCGAAAGGAGGGGAUGACAAGAAGAAUUAUGUUCUUUUGUUGAAAGAGCUUCGGGAAGCGUUCGAAGCAGAGGCGCAAGAGAAGAAAAUGCCGAGACUUCUUUUAACAGCGGCUGUGCCAGUCGGUCCUGAUAAUGUUAAGAGCGGAUAUGAUGUUCCAGCUGUUGCGAGCUAUUUGGACUUCAUCAAUCUCAUGGCAUACGAUUUCCACGGAAAAUGGGAGAGAGAAACUGGCCACAACGCUCCUUUGUACGCCUCCUCGUUGGAUUCCGAGUGGCAGAAGCAACUCAGCGUAGACAACGCUGCUUCGAUGUGGGUCAGGUUAGGUGCACCCAAAGAGAAAUUAAUAAUCGGCAUGCCAACCUAUGGCCGAUCGUUCACUCUCUCGAACUUGGCCAAUUUCCGUGUUCAUGCACCUGCUAGCGGCGGUGGAAAGGCUGGAGAAUACACCAAGGAAUCUGGCUUUCUUGCCUAUUACGAAAUCUGCGAGAUGCUACAAAAUGGCGCGAUCUACAUCUGGGAUGACGAGAUGAAAGUACCAUACUUAGUGCAGAACGAUCAAUGGGUCGGUUUCGACGACGAAAAAUCGAUCAGAAUCAAGAUGGAUUGGUUGAAAAACAAGGGUUAUGGAGGAGCUAUGGUAUGGACGGUCGACAUGGACGACUUCAACGGCACGGUUUGCGGAGGAAACGUGAGAUAUCCGUUAAUCGGCGCGAUGAGGGAAGAAUUACUAGGAGUAUCGAGAGGCCCGAAUGCGAAAGACGUUGAUUGGAGCGCUGUAGCUUCCACCGUUUCGGAAAAUAUUUUGAAAAAACCAGAACCGUACAAAAUUUCUGUGUCUGAUGUUAUCGGUAAAGCGAAGAAGAUUCAGAAGUCGACGUCGCAGCUUGUUAUUAGUCCUCCAACAAAUGAAAGGGAGGCACAAUCUUUCUGUUAUCUAACGAAUUGGUCACACAGGCGGCCAGGUGGUGGGAAAUUUAUGCCAGAAGACAUUGAUCCUACUCUCUGCACUCACAUAGUCUACGCUUUCGCGACCUUGAAGAAUCAUUUGCUUGUGGAAGAAAGCGAAAAGGACGCGGAGAUGUAUGGGCGACUGAUCGCUCUUCGCGAUAAGAAUCCAGAUAUCAAAAUUUUGUUAGCGAUCGGUGGCUGGGCAUUCGGAUCAACGCCAUUCAAAGAAUUGACCAGCAACACUUUCCGUAUGAAUCAAUUCGUCUAUGAAGCCAUUGAUUUCUUGAGGGAAUACAAAUUCGAUGGUUUGGAUGUCGACUGGGAAUAUCCUCGAGGUGGAGAUGACCGAGCAGCUUAUGUGAAUCUUCUGAAAGAGCUUCGACUUGCUUUCGAAGGUGAAGCGAAGAGUUCUGGACAACCGAAAUUAAUUUUGUCAGCUGCUGUGCCUGCUAGUUUUGAAGCUAUUGCUGCAGGAUACGACGUACCUGAAAUAUCUAAAUACCUGGAUUUCAUUAAUGUUAUGACGUACGAUUUUCAUGGACAGUGGGAAAGACAAGUGGGUCACAACAGUCCUCUGUUCCCCUUAGAAAGUGCAACCAGUUACCAGAAGAAAUUGACAGUGGACUACAGCGCGAGAGAAUGGGUAAAGCAAGGUGCUCCAAAGGAAAAAUUAAUGAUCGGUAUGCCAACUUACGGCAGGUCUUUCACGUUGGUCGACAAAGAGAAGUUUGAUAUAGGGGCACCAGCAUCCGGAGGCGGCACAGCCGGCAAUUUCACAAAUGAAUCAGGAUUUCUAUCUUACUACGAGAUCUGUGGCUUCUUGAACGAGGAUAACACUACUCUAGUCUGGGACAGCGAGCAACAAGUACCUUUUGCGUACAAGGAUGAUCAGUGGGUUGGUUUCGACGACGAAAGAAGCCUGAUAAACAAGAUGCAAUGGCUGAAAGAAGAAGGUUUUGGAGGUAUAAUGAUCUGGUCCGUGGAUAUGGAUGACUUCAGAGGAAUUUGUGGAGCUGGUAAAUAUCCGUUGAUCAAAGCUAUGAAGAAAGAGCUGCAAGACUACAAGGUAAAAUUAGAAUACGAUGGACCUUAUGAGAGCACAGCGAGGAACGGGAGGUAUACCACCAAAGAUCCGCAUGAAGUGACCUGCGACGAGGAGGAUAACCACAUAUCGUACCACCAGGACAAGAACGACUGCACCAUGUAUUACAUGUGCGAGGGUGAGAGAAAACACCACAUGCCCUGUCCAGUAAAUCUGGUGUUCAACCCUAACGAGAACGUCUGCGAUUGGCCGGAAAAUGUCGAGGGUUGUCUGCAACACACGCAAGCGCCACCAGUGUAAAGAAAACAAAAGAGACAAAAAUACACAGUAUAAUUUAAACCUGUUUCCUGCGGCACGCGGUUUGUACUGUAAAAACGAAAAAAAAAAGCGACCGAAACAACCAUAACCUCUACGAUUGCGUCGUAAAAUUUCGAUCGACGCGUUGCCGUGAAAUUUUUUUUUUUUCACGAAAUUUUCAAUUUUAUUUUCCUUUUUUAAGAUCUUUCGGAAUUCCUUUUUUUAAACCCACACCUCUUCUUACCGAUUUUUAUUUGUCUCUGUCAUUUGUAUAAAAACGCACGCUAUCUAACUACCACGACAGUUAUGUUUUGUAAAUAAAAAGAAAAAAAGAUUUUACGAAAAUGAAUGUUGAAACCUUUUUCUUUUUUUGGUUGAAAAGUGCGGAGGGAAAGAAAGUUGUGAGAUUAACUGAGUACGGUUCUUCGUUUUAUUUUGUAACUUUACAUAAAAAACCAUGAUUGUAGUCUUCUUUGUGUUUUGCUGUAGAUUCAUCCUUCUCUUGUUUUUUAAUUGGGUUUAGAGUUGUCUAAAGUAACAAUGUUAAAUUUAAUGAUAUUUUUUUUACAACUGCGUACGUGUACUUGUGGUGUUACAGGUUAGGUGGAGUUAUUUUCGUGUGGGCUUUUAGUGGAUAGGGAAUUCCACUUGUAGUUUUAUUUUAAGUGUGGAAUUCUACGCGUAACAAAAUUUUAAAUGUGGAAUUCUACAUUUCACAAAAUCUUAAAUGUGGAAUUCUGCAAUUAGCGAACUUUUAAAUGUGGAAUUCUACAUUUAGCAAAGUCUUAAGUAUGGAAUUCUGGGGAUAAUAAACCAUCACAUUUAGAAUUCUACGCACAACAGAAUCCCACAUGUGGAAUUCCACCAACAUCCAAAUACUAAAGUUGGAAUUCCAGUCGUAUACGAAUCUCAAAGGUGGAAUUCCACUCGUAUCCAAAUCCCAAAUGUGGAAUUCCACCAAAAUGCAAGUCCUAAAGAUGGAAUUCCACUCAUAUCCAUAUUCUAAAUGAGGAAUUCCAUUAAUAUACCAAUCUCAAAUGUGGAAUUCCACCAACAUCCAAAUCCUAAAUGUGGAAUUCCACCUACAUGCACUUCCUACACGUGGAAUUCCACUCAUAUUCACGUCCUAAAUGUGAAAUUUAAUCAAUAUCCAAAUCCCAGGUGUGGAAUUCCAUUUAUAUACGAAUCCUAAACGUGGAAUUCCACUGAUUUCCAAAUUCUAGAUGUUGAAUUCCAUUAAUAUACAAAUCUCAAAUGCGGAAUUCCACCAACAUCCAAAUCCUAAACGUGGAAUUCCACCUACAUGCACCUCCUACAUGUGGAAUUCCAUUCAUAUUCACGUCCUAAAUGUGAAAUUUAAUCAAUAUCCAAAUCCCAGGUGUGGAAUUCCAUUUAUAUACGAAUCCUAAACGUGGAAUUCCACUGAUUUCCAAAUUCUAGAUGUGGAAUUUCACCCAUAUACGAAUCCUAAAUGUGGAAUUCUGUACACCCGACAAUUUGAAAUGUAGAAUUCCAUGUACAGAAAAAUUCCAAAUGUAGAAUUCUACACCUAACACAAUUUUAAAUAUGGAAUUCCACACACAGCAAAAUCUUAAUUAUGGAAUUCUUCACACGUUUCACACUGUGCGCUAACUUUGUUAAUAUAAUCUAAAGCAAGAACAUUUUUGAAUUACUACUUUUCAAAUAUUUACA